UCUAGAAUGACAGAAAAUACUUCUACGUAGUAUCCACACCCCGUGUCAUCUUGGAGGGAUUGGCGACGCGAGAGCUGUGCAGAGAACGGCCACCGUCCAUCACGCGCAACAUCUACUUUCUUGCGGUCCUAAUAAAUAUAAAAAAACCGCGACUUCCUCCGCGUGGACACUGGUGAUUCCCCUCUCUUUUUGAAAUCGAUUCCUACUCAUUCUAGCUCACUUAUACUUAUUAUUUAAACGUCCAUCAUCCGCCAUGCCUCGACGGAGCCAUGGUAGCGGCGACUACGGCGGCGGCUCGCGCGGGCCGACGUCCCCGGGAAUGGCGCCGGCGGUGGAGAGUCUCUUCGCCGCGGACUCGUGGGACGGCGGCGGCGGCAGCGGCGCUGCGCUGCACGCGUCGAACAGCAGCGGCGGCAUGAGCGACGGGGGGUCGUCCGGCGCCGCGGCGAAACGAUCCGUGCACGUCCCGAAACUGCGCAAGGGGAAGGGCCCCUCCGCGGCGCUCCCCGUGUUCGGCUCCUGGAACGCGCCGCACGCCCCGGUGCCCAACUACAACAAGGGCGCGGCGGCGGAAUCCGCGGCGGCGCAGGCGGCGGCGGCGGCGAUUCGCGCGGCGACCGCGGACGCGGGCGGGCAGCCGAAAUUCACGGAGGUGUUUCGGCAAAAGGGCGAGGACCGCGGGAACGGGCAGUGCGCGUGGCCCGAGUACGAUGUGAUUCUAGCAAAGCAGACGGCGAUGCACGACAGGCUGCGCGCCGAGCAGAUGCUGAGUCAGCAGCAGCAGCAGAUGAGUCAGCAGCACCAGCAGAUGAGUCAGCAAAUGAGUCAGCAGCAGCAGCUGCAGAUGGUGCUGCACCAGCAGCAGCAGCGGGCUUCGAUGGGCGGAGGCACGGAAGGAGGCGCCAUGAUGACAAGCAAGGGCUCCUUUGCGUCUGCGGAUGGCUCAGAGGCCUCUUUCCCGCAGCCCUUCCCCAGCGUCUCCUCCUCCCCCAGUUCCCACGCCUUCCCUGCCUCCUCCUCGCUGCCCCUCCCCUCCUCUGCCGCCCCCGCCCCCCCUCCCUUCUUCCCCUCCUCCUCCUCCCUCCCCCACCCAAAUACCUCCGCCCAGUCCGCCCAGUCCGCCCAGUCCGCCCAGCCCGCCCCUUCCCCUCCGCCUCCACCAGCACCGUCCCUGGUUCCCCCUAUCGUCCUCCCUCCUCCUUCCACCACCACCUCUACCCCUUCCGACCCCUCUCCACCCCCUCCGUUCCUCGCUCCUCCUGCCCACCCCGUAGCCGGCCCUGCCCCCCCGUUCGUCAACUCAUCUGGACCUGCCCCUUCGGACCCACUGCAGCACCGUGCACCCCUGUCUGCCGCUGCCGCUGCCACUGUCCCUGUCCCUGCCCCUGCCCCUGCCCCCGCCCCCGCCCCCGCCCCUGCACAUGAGUAUAUCUAUGAGGCGCCUCAGCAGCCGCCUACCCCUACCCGUGAGUAUGGGUAUGAUUACACGCCUGCACCUGCGCCUGCGCCUGCCUCUGCGCGUGAGUAUGGGUAUGAGUACGCACCUCCGCCUGCCCCUGUCCCCGUGCGCGCCCCUGCGCCUGCGCCUGCCCCCGUGCCUUUCCUCACUCCUGUCACUGAGCGCGGGCCCUGUUGGGAUGGGGAGGGGGCUGCCUUCGUGCCUGGACCAGCUGCUCCUGCUGCCUCCAUUGCUGCACCUGCUCCUUCGCCAGCGGCACCAGCCGCACCAGCAGCCGCAGCGGUAGCAGCAGCAGCAGCAGCGCCGUCCCUGGAGGAGAUGCAGCAGCUGCAGCAGCGGCUGAUGCAGGGCGAGAUGCUGAGCGCGGGGGAGCGGCAGCGCCUGGCGGCCGGGCUCGAGCAGGUGCUCGCCAUGGCCAUGGGGGGCGGCGGUGGCGGCAGCAUCAGCAGCAGCAGCAGAAGCAACAGUGCUGGACAGAACCUGACUGCAGCACCGGCACCGGCACCAGCAGCACCGGCAGUAGCAGCAGCAGCAGCAGCAGCAGCAGCAGCAGCAGCAGGGGCAGGGGCAGGGGCAGGGGGACAGGGACACGGGAUGGGGAGUGUGGGGGCUGCUAGGGGAGGGCAUGCUUGGGGAGGGGAAACGGAGGGGUAUGUGAGUGGCGUGGAGGGGUAUAGUGGGGGAGUGGAGGGAUACGGUGGUGGAAUGCCAGGGUAUGGGGGCAGCGGAAUGGCAGCAGUGGGAAUGAGUGCUGAGAUGAGCAUGGGCCUUGCAGUGGUGAUGGAGGGGGACGAUGAGGGACUAGAUAGUGAGGUGGUGGAGAGUGUUGUAGAGAGUGAGGUGGUGGAGAGUGUUGUAGAGAGUGAGGUGGUGGAGAGUGUUGUAGAGAGUGAGGUAAUGGGGCAGAGUGAGGCGGGUGAGGGGGAGGGGGAGGGGCAGGGGCAGGGGGGAAGGGAAGUGGGGGAGGAGUGGAGCAGGAAGGGGGAGAGACAGGAGGUGAUGGGAGGGGGAGGUGAAGGGGUGGGAGGGGGCAGAGUUGGGAGUGAGGAGGGAAGGAAUGGUGUAGCUGGUGGUGUGGCUGGUGCUAUGGCUGGUGCUAUGGCUGGUGUUGCUGUAGCAGGUGGUUUCACUACUGGUGUGAGUGAUGGGGUGAACGCCAGCAGUAGUGCGGUGCAAAGCGGUUCUGCGGUUGACAUUGGCUUCACUGAUAAAGGCGCCCAUGUAGGUGGUGGUGGUGCUGCUGGUGCUGCUUCUUCUGCUGCUGCUGCUUCUGCUGCUGCUGCUUCUGCUGCUGCUGCUGGUGCUGCUGCUGGGAGCGCAUAUGAGUGGCAGCAGCAGCACGUGGGGCAGGAGCAGGAAGCGGCAGGGAGCAAGCCGGUGGCUGAGAGGGAGAGCGAGAGGAGGUGGUGGGAGGAGGAGUCUGGACCGGGGUCUGCUGUCGGAGGGGGGGAGGAGAGGGAGGGCAUCGAGGGAGUGGGUGGGGGUGGAGGGGCAGAGUGGGGUCGUGUGCAGGAGCGAGCGGCAGUUGAGAGAGAGAUGUUUGCUGCUGCUGUUGCUGCCAAGGCUGCUGCUGCCUCGGAUAUGUCAGCAGCAGGAUUUGUGGGAGCAGGAGGUGCAGCAACACCGGAAGCAGCAGCAGCAGCAGCAGCUAGUACUGGCCCUUCACUGGGCCCCUUUGGGGUUGAGGAAGGCGUGGGAACCUGGCCGCAUGAGACAGCGCUGGCAGCAGCAGCAGCACCGGCAGAACUGGCAGCAGCAGCAGCUGCCACUGCUUUGGGGAUGGCAGGGGUGGGGCAGGCAGAGGGGGGCGUGGGGCCUGAGAAGGUGGGAGGGGUUGAGCGCAAGGGAGAAGUCAAUGGAGCAGGCAUUGGUGCCGGCACUGGUGAAGAUCACACCAGCAUAUCCCCCCUCACCUCUGUUCCAGCUUCUGUAACAUGCGCUACUGCUUCUGCUCUUGCCGCUGCUGCUCCUGCUCCUGCUCUUGCUGCUGAUGCUGCUGCCAUUCCUGCUCCCUCAACCACUUCUGAUGCGGCUUACUCUGCAGCACCUGCUGCUACUGCCUCUGGACUCCCUGCAUCCACUGGUCCCGUCUCGUCUGGCUAUGCUGCAGCAGCCGCGCUUGCUGCUGCCCCCGCUCUUGCUGCUGCUGCUGCCAUUCCUCCUCCCUCAACCGUUCCUGAUGCAGCGUACUCAGCAGCACCUGCUAAUGCUGCCUCUGGACUCCCUGCAUCCACUGGUCCUGUCUCGUCUGGCUAUGCUGCAGCAGCCACGCUUGCUGCUGCCCCCGCUCUUGCUGCUGCUGCUGCCAUUCCUCCUCCCUCAACCGUUCCUGAUGCAGCGUACUCAGCAACACCUGCUAAUGCUGCCUCUGGACUCCCUGCAUCCACUGGUCCCGUCUCGUCUGGCUAUGUUGCAGCAGCCGCGCUUGCCGCUGCCCCUCCCUUCUUCUCCCCUCCUCGCCCCCCCUCCUCUGUUGCAACUUAUAAUUACGGAUCGAGUAACCAGUCAGGUGGUGCAGGUGGGCUCUACACGUUCAGCGGGCUCACUGGUAGUGAUUACACGGGAAGUGACUAUAACGACAGUGGCUGCUUCGUAGAAGGGGGGAGCAGCGCUGCUAACACUGCAGGGUUCCCUGCUGCUAACCCUGCUGGGGUUACCGCUGCUAGUGCUUCUGGGUUUGCUGCAGCAGCAGGAGCGACAGCAGCAGCAGGGGGAGGAGGCAUGGGAUACACGAGUGCAGUGCCAACAGCAGCAGCAGGAGGAGAACUGGGUUAUAUGAGUGCAGCGCCAGCAGCAGCAGCAGCAGCAGCAGGAGCAGCAACGGGAGGAGGACUGGUUUACAUAAAUGAAGUGCCAACAGCAGCAGCAGCAGCAGCAGCAGCAGCAACAACAGGUGUGGGGUAUACGAAUGAAGUGCCAGAAGCAGCAGCAGCAGCAGCAGCAGCAGGCGGAGUGGGGUUCAUGAGCGAUGUGUGUGGCGCUCCCUCAGGCGAGGGAGGAGGCGGCGGGUACACUGAGGUGUUCCAAGCCAAGCUGGCUGCCAGGCAGCAACAUGCUGCUGUGGGAGUUGACUAUAGCACCGCUGCUGCAGCAGGGGGAGGGGGAGCAGGGGGAGCAGGGGGAGGAGGAGCAGGGGGAGGAGGAGCAGGGGGAGGAGGAGCAGGGGGAGGAGGAGGAGCAGCAGGAGCGUUAGCGGAGGAGGAGGAGGAAGCGUGGGUGGGCAGAGAGGAGGAUAUGACAGGCGAACUAGGCGGGUCAAUGGGGGGGAUGGUUAUGGCGCCGCCUUUCGUUGGCAUGGACUCGCCCACCUUUGUCAGGCGUGCCGGUAGCAUGUCCGACAGUGCAUCUGCUGAGAUGGCAGCAGCAGCUGCAGGAGUAGGAGGAGGAGCCUUGGUAGUCGUGCCAGUCCAUGCACCAGGCACGGGUUCAGGAUCAUCAUCCGGGUCUGGGGUCGUUGGGGCAGGGGCAGGGUCAGGCAGAGGUUCGGUAGUAGGCUCAGGAGUAGGUUUGGGAGUAGGGUCGGGCGCAGGUUCAGACGUGGGUUCAAGUGGGCAGAUGCAAGGCAGUGAUUCUGGGAGGAUGGGGCAGGGAAUGGGACAGUCGGGGCAGCAGGGAUGGCAGCAGGGGGGGCAGCAGCAGCGUGGGCAGCAGGGGGGGAUGUAUGUUGGUCCAGGGCUCACAGGGCAGCCUUAUGCCACGCAGGUUUUUCCAGGGCAAGGGUAUGCAGGGUCCGGGCAGGGGCAGGGGCAGGGGCAGGGGCAGGGGCAGGGGCAGGGGCAGGGGCAGGGGCAGGGGCAGGGGCAGGGACAGGGGCAGGUGCAGGGGCAGGCGCCACAGGGGCAGAGUCAGGGGCUUCCUGGCCAGGGUCAGGGUUAUCCAGGGCAGGUUUACCCAGCGCAGGGGCAGGGUCAGGAUCAGUGGCAGGGUCAGGGGCAGGGGCAGGGCCAGUGGCAGGGUCAGGGGCAGGGGCAGGGGCAAGGUUACCCACCGCAGGUGUACCCGGGGCAGGUGUAUCCAGGGCAGGCGCCGUAUGCAGGGCAGGUGCAUGCGGCAGGUGGCGGGUUUGCUGCUGCAGGAGCAGCAAUUGCAGGGCAGCCAGGAGCACCACCACCACCCUAUGCGGUGCAGAAGCCACCACGCAAGAAGGGAGGGUUCUGCAGUUGUUUUGGCGUUUGAGUCCCCCUUGAGGCCUUUAUCCCAGCAAUCGUAUAAGGUUAUGGUACUAUAUUGUGCAUUUGUGCUGUAAUAGCGUGCCCAAGCCCUGCAGCUGUGCAAGACACUCACUUCUUUUCUGCUCAUUAUGACCUUGCCUAGUUACUGUCAAACACAUGUGCAUGUUACUAUAGGCUAGAUAGGUGCGUACUCUUCAGAGAGUACAACCCUUUAGCACAAAACCACAGUGUAUCUCUCAUUCUACUCAAUUCUUAACU